UGUGGUCCGUUCACGCUGCUCUUUUAAUUCGUGUUUGUGCUUUUACAUUACGCUGCACGAGGAGGCCUCGCCUGGAUGCUCGUAUUUGCUAUUUCUUCUCUCUUCUUCUUCCUAAAUCUUCUCUGUAAACGGCCACUUCCUGUACCUCUCCAUUCGAAUCUAGGGUUUUGUUUUGCUUCUUCAUUGAUUUAAAUUAAUCUUCUCAAUUUCACCAAUCGUUACACUCUCGGAUCCGAUCCGUCCACUAUUCAUUCCCUCAAUUUUCACUUUCAUUUCAGAAAAAAAAAAUCUCACUAUUUUUUCUGUUUUCAGAAAGCUUCAGAUGGGGCGAGAAUUUUAAUUUCGCUGGAGUUUCUUUUUUUUUUUUUUGAUAAACAAUUCUAAGUUCGUUCGGUAGUGAAUUGAUUUUGGAGAGUUUUUUAGGUGAGUGUUAGGAUUAAGGUUAGUCAUGUUCUAUGGUGCAGUGGUAUGGGAUCCAUGGCUAAUUGUUGCCCAAAUAGUGUGCCUUCAAUGCCUUUACUAUCUCACGCUUGGUUCUUUCUUAUCGAUUCUUGUUGGGACUCGCGUGUCUCGCUUGAGUCUCGUUUAUUUCUUUGAUUUCGUUGCUGUUACUACCUCUACCAUCACUGGUUGGUGUGUAAUCGCCUCCUUUCUCUUUAGCUCCAUUGCUGGAGCUGGAUAUAUGCUUUACUUGAUUGAGAGGGCAAAGAAGUGUUUAGAUUUUUCUGCAACCCUCUACGUCAUCCAUCUUUUUAUAUGCAUUAUUUAUGGAGGUUGGCCUUCCUCAAUGACAUGGUGGAUUGUGAAUGGUACUGGACUUGCAGUGAUGGCUUUGCUGGGUGAAUAUCUGUGCAUUAGACGUGAACUUCGAGAGAUUCCAAUCGCGCGAUACCGAUCAAAUGUUUGAUUGACAAGGAAAACUCCAUAGGAAGGAACAGACUUGGUUCUGGACCUGUACUUUUUGCUUACGGAAAAGUUUUAAGGAGCUCUUGGAUGAAGCUUGUGAGAUAUGAAAUCCAAACUAUGAUAGGAUGAAUAUUUUUAGUCUACUGAUUCUAUUGGCUGUGCUGAAGGUAAUGAUAUGGAAUGGCCACAGAAAAUGGAGAUGGUUUGUCAAUUAUGGGGUGAUAGAGCAUGUGAGACUAGGAAACCCUCAGUGUACAAUUGUGGGUGGUUUCUGGGGAAGAUGCUUGUUGUUGUUCUGAUAUUAUUUUCUGGUUCAGUACCUUAUUUUAAUAUGAAUUUGGAUGAGUUUCCAUGAA